CGAAUUUCCUACGACCAUCGCGGUUGCGCCCAGACACUCGUUGCCCUGCGCUUGACGAAUGGAUCGCCCAUAUGGCGGCGAUUAUGAAGCGCGCAAGAGUUUAGCCGACUCCCAGACUCGCAUGGCCGCACGAGCGAACCGAUCACGAAUGUAUCAUCCACUCAAAGUCGGUGACGAUGUGCUAGUCGACGCACGCCACUUACAACUCGAAGCAGAUACGCUUCACAAGUUCAGACGUCAUUUCUUCGGUCCAUGCCGGAUCCUUCAGGCCGUCGAUUCUGAUAUUGCCGCUAGUCCGGUCAGCUUCCGUGUGAAGUUACCUCAUUACCUUCGACAGGCUCGCGUACACGAUGUUUACCACGUCUCCCUGCUGCGUCCUUAUUGCAAACCGUCCGAGCGUUUCGCCGGACGCCCUUAUGGGCGCCCUCCACCUAUCAUGGUGGACGGUCACAAGGAGUUCGUUGUUUCCGACAUCGUAUCACGCCGAGUUACCGACGAUACCCCUCCACGCAUCGAGUACCUUGUGCGUUGGAAGGGCUACCCUGAUGAGGAGGUUACUUGGGAGCCCCUCGAGCACUUGCAGCACGCUAGGAUGUUGGUGCGUACAUAUGAUCGUGCUCGUCGUGCUGAGACAUCUGCUUCUACUCAGCCGACUGACCCUCUUCCUCCUCCUCUGGUUGAGGAGAUUGCUGAGGACGCGCCCGCUCCCUUUGAGGCCGUUCCUCAGCCGCAGACGGUCGCAGAACUCGUUCUCGGUGGCGGCUUUGUUUUGGCGCGUGAAUUUUUCGACAUGUUGGAGGACAAGAACAUCGUUCCCGACGUCCACUGCUACGCCGGGCCCUUCCAAGAACUCUCGUUGCCGUUAAGGCUGUGCAGCGGUUGCGAGGCAAAUGGCGCAGCGGCGGAGGGCGAUGAUCUGGGUUCUGGUCCGGCUACUCAGCUGCACCGUGGCGAGAGCCGAGGUCAGUUUGACGACAGCGAGGAUGAGGGGCCUACUCCACCGUUGAGGGAAACGCAGCGGUCUGUGUUGUCUAUUCCUGGGGUCCUGACUGACGCUCCAGUUCGACAGGAGAGUGGCAGCUGCAGGAAAGGUGGCAGCCUCUUCGGAGGUCGACUUGGAGACGGCUAGGGUGUGGAGGAGGGAACCGAGGGCGACCUGGGAACGCAAGGCACUCCACAA